AGCUGCACUGUCAGGUGAUGUUCCGAAACUAUCAGCGGAAGAAUGAUAUGGAUGAGCCACCUUCUGGGGACUUUGGUGGUGAUGAAGAAAAAAGCCGAAAACGAAAAAACAAGGACCCUAAAUUUGCAGAGAUGGAGGAACGCUUCUAUCGCUAUGGGAUAAAACCUGAGUGGAUGAUGAUCCACCGAAUCCUCAACCACAGCGUGGACAAGAAGGGCCACGUCCACUACUUGAUCAAGUGGCGGGACUUACCUUAUGAUCAGGCUUCUUGGGAGAGUGAGGAUGUGGAGAUCCAGGAUUACGACCUGUUCAAGCAGAGCUAUUGGAAUCACAGGUGAGUGAUUUUGGGUGAGGAA